UGACACGAGAGAAAUCUUUCUUCGGACUCUGUUUACUUCUCUACUUGACUUCUCUCUGUUGAGUGUCGAGUCUGUCUGAGUCAUGGCGGAGGAGAACCUGUCCGUGGUGCUGCACGCGCAGGGAGACCUGCGGCUGGAAAACCGCCCCAUCCCGGAGCCAGGACCUAAUGAAGUUUUGCUGCAGAUGCACUCUGUGGGGAUCUGUGGGUCAGAUGUUCACUACUGGCAGCACGGCAGAAUUGGGGACUUUGUGUUGAAGAAACCGAUGGUGUUGGGGCACGAGGCAGCAGGCCGGGUGGUGAAGGUCGGAUCAGAAGUCAAGCACCUUAAAGUGGGUGACAGAGUGGCCAUUGAGCCUGGCGUGCCUCGUGAGAUGGACGAGUCGUUGAAAAACGGACGAUAUAACUUAGCUCCGACCAUCUUCUUCUGUGCCACUCCUCCCGACGAUGGAAAUCUGUGCCGAUACUACACACACAGUGCCAACUUCUGCUACAAGUUGCCUGAUAAUGUGACAUUCGAGGAGGGAGCUCUGAUAGAACCUCUGUCUGUGGGGAUCCACGCCUGUCGCAGAGCCGGCGUGACCCUCGGCAGCACCGUGCUCAUCUGUGGUGCAGGGCCGAUUGGAUUGGUCUGUCUGCUCGUAGCCAAGGCGAUGGGAGCUUCGAAGGUCGUCAUCACCGAUCUGUUCCCUGAGCGUCUGACCAUGGCCAAAGAGUUGGGUGCAGACUUCCAGCUGACGGUGAAGAGAGAGGACAAACCUCAGCAGCUGGCCAAGACCGUGGAGGAAAAGCUGGGCGAUCAGCCUCACAUUACUAUUGAAUGUACUGGUGCGGAGAGCUGCAUUCAAACUGCCAUCUAUGCGACACGCUCAGGAGGUGUGGUGACGUUGGUGGGUCUCGGCCCUGAAAUGGCCACGGUUCCUCUGGUCAACGCCGCCGUUAGAGAAGUGGACAUCAGAGGAGUUUUCCGCUACUGCAACACCUGGCCGAUGGCCAUCGCCAUGUUGGCGUCCGGUAAAGUGAACGUGAAGCCCCUGGUGACCCACCGCUUCCCCCUGGAGAAGGCGGCCCAGGCCUUUGAGACCACGCGUCAGGGUGUGGGGGUAAAGGUCAUGUUAAAGUGUGACCAGAAUGACCAGAAGCCCUGAUGUGACCCGCCUGAGAGCGACUCAGCAUGACAAGCGGACACAGACGCCAGACGUUGGACGUUGACCCUGAGAGAUAACAGAGCCGGAAAACAGACACACUAAUAAACAGCACUGUGAACCGACUUCAGCUCAGAGAUGUAACUAGCUCCACUAUGGUACCAUUAAUUAUUUCAUCAAGCCCUUUGAUGUAUAACAAACAUUUUAAUUGUUUUCUAGAUGUAUAUAAUUUGUUCAAUUUUAAAUUUAUAAUAAUUUUACACACGGCUACUGUAGAAAAAAAAGAAAUUCUUAAAUAAUAAAAUUAAAAUGACAAAAUGUUUGGUGUUUUUUUAUAUUUCAUUUUCACAGAACUUGCACUUCUUAAUUCCAAGCAUUAGGGG